UGUAAUGAUGGUGAAAAGGAUUUGGAUGAGGUUGUAGAGACAUUGCGACAGCGGCGAUCGUUGUCGUUGUGCAAGUAUCUGACCGAGGAUGGCGAGAUGAUUGGUGACUACAACCUCAUGAUGGCUCCACUCUACCAGUGGUGUGAACGUAUGCGCAGACGAACGCAACACCCCGAGCCCGAGAGCGACACCUCUAUGUGGGGUCAGUUAGGCUCGUGUGCAUCAUCGCAGCAACGCCAUCGCAACCCUUCGUAUGACUACACCAUCGGUAUUCCCAAUCCUCUCCUCUGUUUCUAUCGCUAA